CAGACACACACACACACACGCACACUGGCACUCAGACACACACAGACAGGCCAUACACAAAUCACACGCAGCACGGAUCUGACACACAACACAGCCUGCACCAUACAGCACCCUGACACACAGAGGUCUCCCAGAAUCACUGAGACUCCGGAGGCAGAAUCACACACAACUGUCAGGCACAGAUGUCACACACAGACCGUUCUGGCACACACAUUUGUAUCACACAGAGAUAGCUCUCUCACAUGCAUAUUCAACAUUGCAGUGCAUCCUCACCGUUCAUCAGAGACAGAUCUGCUAAACGCGACAUAUGUUGUUAUUUGAAGUGGCUGUUGUAACUCUGGAUGUGUGACGAUGAUCCUGACCUGUGUCCUGUGAUGACUUGAUUUAGGGGAAAAAGCUCAUCUGUGUGCCCCGGUGCCAUGCUCUACAGCUCCUUCCAUCAUGUCGGCCUGCGGCUCAUUCACAGAGCAUGUUUGGAAACCAGGAGAAUGCAAAAACUGUUUUCAGCCCAAAGGACAACACCAGCUGGCAGCUCUUGGCAGGGGAAAUUCUGGACAGCCUCCGCCUCCGCCACCACCACCUCCUCCCUAUCGGGCUCAUCAUGCCAAAGUCAACACCAAUCAAAGGCCCCGUACCACAACUGGAUUCAGACCCCCAGUGGCCAAGAAGCCCACCAUUGCUGUCAAGCCCACUAUGAUGGCAGUAGAUGGACCAGUGGGCCACCAUACACAGGGGCAAGCUAGGGUACCGCUUCCCCCCGUAACAACUCGGAACCAAAACCAGGCACCUUCAGUCACAUGUAGUGAUGAUCAAGCAAAUAACAACACAGGUGGAGAACACUUGAUGACCAAUAACAAUCACAUGGACAACAGUGGUCUUACUGAAGUUCUGAAGGAAAUAGCAGGUUUGGGGAGCCCCUCUGCUCCUAUACCACCCCCAGAAGGCACAGCCCGAGAAACAUUUUUAUGCAGGAUCAAUCAGUGCUACAGACGCUCCUUGGAGAGAAAACCAUCAGCCAGCUGUCUUUCUGGAAGCCAUCAUGAAGGAAGGGGAGCAAAGCAGAAUGAGAAACGAGUGGCGAUGAGUGGAGAAGAGGGGGCAGUCAUUUCAAGAGAUGGUGGGCGUUUUUGUUACCCAGAAUUUUCCAGCGGUGAGGACAGUUGGGAUGAGGAGUACGAUACUGAGAAGGGAGAGCGGGAAAGUUGGGAAGAGAGUGAUGAGGAACUCUUGGCCAUGGAAAUUCGCAUGAGAGGGCAACCACGUUUUGCCAACCUGCAGGGAGGAAGCCUGUCUCCAGUGCCUGGCAGAUUAGGAGGCAGAGAAAAAUGGAAUACUGUGCCGCUUCGCCAGAAGUCACUGCAGAGGGUGUGUGCUGUGGAUUAUGACGAUAGUUAUGAUGAGAUACUAAAUGGCUGUGAUGUAGGUGCAGAUAUAAAUGCUAUUUCCCCAUCUCCAGAUUUUUCUGUAUCAGAAUCUUUGUCCUGCCCUCCAUCCACUUCCUCCUCUUCUUCCUCAGGAGGGCUUUAUUGUAAUGGUACAGUCGAAGCUGAGAAACCUGAGGGUACUGAACAAGAUGUGACCGUACAAGGUGUUGUCCAAGAUGCAGGUAUGGCUCAAGCCAAGCCAUAUCGUGUGGUAAGUCUAGAGCAGCCUGUCUGUAAACCAUACACGGUUGUUGAUGUAUCAGCUGCUAUGGCUGGAGAAUGCCCACCUCCGCCCAGUACUAGAUUAAGAAAAGGAAGUUCCACUCGCUAUCAGGAGGUCUGGACAUCCAGUACCAGUCCCCGACAGAAGCUUGCCAAGACUGAUUUAGUGGAAGCCCCCAAGCGAAGUUGUCACAAGUCGGCCCCUACUUCACCCACUGCUGGAUUGAGCACUCACACUGUACCUGUCCGCUCACCCAAUCUGUCAGAGAUAAAAUUCAACAGCUACAAUAAUGCUGGAAUGCCACCCUUCCCCAUUAUCAUUCACGAUGAACCAGAGUACGCCCAUAGCUGCAAGAGUGCCGACAAAGUGCCCAUUCUUAUCAAUCCUAGUGCUUAUGAUAACCUGGCAAUAUAUCGAAGUUUUGUGGGUGCUGGAGGAGGAUUCCCACCGCCUCCUGACAAGGAAAAGCGUCAGACUGCAAGUGUGAUCAGCCACACAUACGAGGAAAUUGAAACACCUGCUAAAGGUCAGAGAAAAGAGGAUCCCAAGGACGAAGUGGUCCCAGAAGUCCCAACUUGUCCCAGGGAGAGUGCAAACAGGGUACUGUCUCAAAUUGUGGCAUCAAUCCAGCCCCCUCGUUCUCCACCAGAGGCUAUGACUCCUGAUUCUGCCAGCAGUGAGGAGCACCACGCCCCACUGUCCCAUCCAGAGCCUGAGGUUGCUCCAGGUUCAUUAGGCAGACCGAAAUCCUUAUUCCCGCUGCAAAGUGAAACAAUGGGAACUCUUAGUUUCAGCAAGUCAUCCUCGAUACCUUCCAGUGAUGACAGCCCAACUGUACCGGUUAACACAGAACCACUGCCUCCCUUCCCACCACCACGCUCCACUUCUUCACCAUACCACGCAAGUAUGCUACAUAAACACUUUGCCACUCGUGGCAAGCCUACUGGAACUAAUCGUCCCUCUCCCACUGAAUGCUCAACUCAGCCACGCCGACCAGCUGAUGCUAAGCCACGUCGUUGGAUCUCCUUCAAGAGCUUUUUCAGGAGGAAGAAAGAGGGAGGUGGGAUUGGGGCAAAUGAAGAAAGAGGAGAUGAUGGCAAGCUUGUUGGACUGGAUGGAACAGUCAUCCACAUGCUUCCACCACCACCCGUCCAGCGUCACCAUUGGUUUAGUGAAAGCCGUACUGGACCAGGAGAGAAACCUUCUAUUGUGUUUAUGUGUCAAUCUGACGAAGAGAGAGUGGCCAGCAGCCCACAGGACAGUGUAUGCACGGAGACCAGAUCUAGCAGUACACCUGAUGAUACACCUCUACAGGAGACCCCUCCAGCUGGAUUUUCAACCCGCACUUUGUCACCACCUUCUAAUGAACAAAUUGAAACGGGGACGGUGACACCACCUACUAAUACAGAGAUGCAGGCUAGAGAGGAGUCCGGCACUGCUUCCGACCAUUCCUCUGAUUGCAGUCCUGGAGGAGUGACCUAUACCAAUCUAGGUCAUUCUCGGGCCAACAUGAUCCCAUACAAGCAGCCACGCCAGACACGAGGUGGGAGCCCUCCUAAAGACCAAGAAACUCAACCCACUCCUCCACCUCUCCCUAAGAAGAACACAACACCCCGUCAGCUCACACCUGAGAAGACACCAGGAACUUCACUAAAUCUUGCAAACCCUACCUAUGACACAGAGAAGAGUUGGGAGGCUGGGGGCAGUGAGUCAGGAGAUUCCAUUGAAAGGUUAAAGGGGAGUGGAGGUCGGAUUGCUAAAUUACAGACCGAGGCCUUGCGCAGGUUUUACGCGCGGUGUGAGGACAUUUUCAUGGCAGGGCAGAGAGAGCCAAUAAGCUUUGGACUAGAGAGCUGGCCUGAUUUUCGCCUAACUAGCCCGACUCCUUGCUGCCUGGCUGGGGACGCGGUGUAUUACCGAGCAUCAUACGCACGGGACCCUGGUAACCUAUACGCUGUGAAGAUUUGCCGCGGCAAGGCAAAGCAGGCCCAACGAGAAUACUAUCACUGUUUGACAGUACGGCAAGGCCUCUCAGAACACUUUAACAUCCAGCAGGACUGUGGCCAUUUCCUGGCAGAGGUGCCUGCACGUUUGCUUCCAUGGGAGGAUCCCACCGUGUCUGAGGAGGAAGAAGAAGAGGAGGAAACGCAAGAAGGAGAAAGUGUUUCUACCCCAGAAGAAUCCAAACCAGCACUAAAGGGGGGUCAGAAGCAGCCUGCAUCAGGAAACCAGGGUUCUUUGGGAAAACGAAGGAGCAGGAUAGUAGUUAUCACACGAGAACCUCCCAGGCAGACACUUGCAGACUUUGUUCGGGAGGGAGAGAUCCAGCACCGAAGAGAGCCAGAGGUUUAUGAGAGGAAAGUGUGCUUGCUACUUCUCCAACUCUGUGGGGCUUUGGAGCACUUAAAGGCACAAGGCAUAACCCAUUGCGACCUACGGCUAGAUAACCUGCUGCUUGCCAGCUGUCGGCCCAGUGAGUCAGGCUGCAGUUGUUGUCGUGACUCUUCUAAGGAGGAACUAAGUGAGCAGGGUAAGGAGAUAGGUGCCUUUGAGCAAAGAGCAAUGUCCACCUGUUCAGGCCGCCUUCUCCUCACCAACUUUAACCAGGCCAAGCUGAAGAGCCAAGGAACAUGGCGCCCACAGGGACUUGGUGAUCCCUCACGUUUGGCUCCAGAGAUCGUAGGGGCCACUCAAUAUAGGAGGAGCGAUGAGUUCCAAACAGGUAUCCUGAUCUAUGAGAUGCUACACCUACCAAAUCCUUUCUUGGAUGGGGGAUUGAAGGAAAGAGAAUAUGGCCCGUGUGAUUUGCCAGCUGUGCCACGCCGGUCUCCAUACUCCCAUGGUCUUGGCCGCCUUGCAGGACUUCUACUACAUCACAGCCCGUCAGACAGGCUGCAGGUGGGCCAGGCCAAGGCAGGUUUACGCUGUCUGAUCUGGGGUCCUCGUGAUGAAGCAAUCCAAGGACCAGGUGCUCUGAAUAACUGGCUAGAAGUGAAGAGAACAUUGCUGCUUAUCAGGCUAGCAGAGCGCGCUCUUGAGAGGGAAGGAGGUGUCAGUUUGGAGGACUGGCUGUGCUGUCAAUACCUUGCAUUUGGCACAACCCAAGGACUGGCACAAACCCUGCGGUUACUGGAAAAACGUUGACGCGCAUGGCCUCCUUUUUCAUCUUCAUUUCCGUCAGUCAGCGUGCAAUAGCUGGGAUUUUCCCACAAGGCUCCGUUUAAGAAGCUUGAACUUUCAGUGUUAUACCACUUCCUCCUUACACAGGCAGGCAGACACAACUAUGCUCUUUACGCACAUCUGAUUAUACAUACAUGUCACAGACACUGCAUACAUUGCAUCAGUAUCUACAUUUAUGCAUUGAAAGGUUGUUCCAAGCACCAUAACCACUACAGCUUAUGUUUUUUUCUUGGAGAAGGCUUUGGAUGUCUCAUUGGGGCCGUCCCAGCUCCUAAAGCCCACACCUUCUAUGGCCAAUGUAAUAAUGUGAAAGCUGUGCGCUGCUGAAAUGACAUAGACUCUGUGUCAGUUCAGUAACACCAAAUUGUUUAAAGAAUCUUGCUAGAUAUAUAAUAUUUUUGCCAGGUAAUCUCAUUGACAGCAGAGGGGGGAUGACUUUGGGUGCAGGGGAGAUUCACGUUAUAUUAUCAGACCUCUUAAAAAACUAUUUUUCAAAGCCUAGUGGUACUGCACCCAUUGCCUCUUGCGGAAUUGUUACUGACCUUGUUUGCCAGGCCUAAUAGUAUUGGUAUCCAUGGACAUAUGGGGACAUAGAGUGAUCCAAAUCCGGUAUAGCCAAAUGAGUGCAUCUAAUUGUUAAACUGUAUCUGGAAUGAACCCAAUUGGCAUCCUGUGUGGCUGGCUGAGGUUUACAAGUGUUAUAGGCAAUUAAUAGCUGGAGGUCUUUAUUUGUUGGCCUUUGAGCCAAAUCAUUCCUCCUACUCUAUUUCCACUUUCAUAUAACCACAUAGAGCAGCGAUGACUAACUUUAACACAUCUGUUGUUCAUGAAAAAUAUAUGGAUUGUGCUAUUUUUCUUUUCUUUUUUUUGUUUUAGAAAACAGUCUGAACUGUUUUUAUAUCUUAAUUUAAAAUCUAUGCUUGGCUAUCCUGGCACAACUAGUGAAAAUCAUGCAAAUUAAUUUAACCCUCACAGUGCCGUUUGUGUGGGCACGUGCAGGUGUAUGGCACUGUAUGUUUAAAUGCCCAUACAACAUGGGGUGUUAACAUUGCCCCGGACAUGGACGUGCUACAGAGGUAAGUGUUUUUACUUCCCUCAAAUGCAUUACUCGCCUCUGUUAACAUUGCAAUGGCAUUUACUUGGUGAAUGGGGAACUUUUACAUUCAAGGAAGUGACAGUAGGUCUCAAAAUUUCCACCAGACAUUGGCAAGUGAAAUUUCAGAAUUGGCGAGUAAAAAUCCCCCCACCGCCCCCAAUGAGAGUGCCGCAUUCUCUCCAAGCUUGCAGUGGCAAAUAACUUGCUUUAACUGAAACUUUUCUUACAGUUGUGUAGCCACAUACAGUUCUCCUUUAAAUAAUGUUCAGAAACAUGUGGUGUGCCAGAGCUGUCAAUCUGUGAUCGAGAGACAUGCAUAGAUUACAUGCUGAUGCUUUCAAAAACAACACUAAUGCACACAAACCGAUGACAUGAUCCCUGUUUUAUUGAUCGAAAAUUCUGCUGGCAGACAUACACGCACAGUGCGCUCAAACACACACACACACACUGCCUCUCUGUGAAGGAUGAGAUUACCGGAACUAGUAUUAUUAUGAAACGUUUUAUUCUGAAUGCUUUUAAUACCAUAAAUCCAUAUUUAUAUUUAUAUACAAACACACGUACAGUAUACAUAAGCAAGACACACCCAUAGUGUUAUGACAUAUAUUUAUCUAUAUACACUUUGUGAAGACAGAGGUGUCAUUAACACUUUGAGUUCAUCUAGCCAUAGUAAGGGGAGAACACUCAUUUAAACCCUCCAAGAGAUGAGUGGUGCAUUUCUUCUUAAUGUGUUGCACUUUGAGGGUUAAUCCGUGUGCUGCCAGUUUAGCUGUCCCAAGAUUUUUAGAAGGAUUUUGUGAACCCCUAACCUCUUCCCACCCUCGAAAACUGGUUACCUUGAGUGUAUCAUUGCAUUCAAAAGCGUUGUUAACCUUACUCACCAGAAGGUUACCCAGUUCCCGAGAACGAAUUUGCACCCCAUUGCUUUCUUUUUCCUCUGUUAUAGGAGGAAUGGGAGAGGAUGGGGGUAGCAUCUGUCAAUGGGUGCCCCCAGUCUCCUGCCCUCCCUUACUCCGUCUGGUUUUGUUGUGGUACUCUGACCUAACCACCUAUCCUGAAGGCUGAUGUUCAUAUUAUUACUGUGUUAAUAAACCUGCUUUAUGGCACUGA